AUGAACAGACCGGUGGUUCUCCUCGGUGCAGGCGUUCUCGGCCGUCGCAUUGCUACUUUAUUCCUUGCUGGUGGCUUCGAUGUCCACAUCCGCGAUCCCUCUCCGGACUCCCUCGCUGCAGCUGCAGACUACAUUGCCGCCCAUGUCGAGUCGUACUUUCGUCUCACCAAGUCUGCCUCCAUCGGGACUGUCUCUACUUUUACUGAUAUUGAGCCAGCCGUCAAGGAUGCAUGGCUGGUUAUCGAGGCCGUGCCAGAGGACCUGGAUCUGAAGAUUUCCACAUUUGCAGAGUUGAACCAAUUCGCUCCGAAUGAUUGUAUUCUCGCAUCAAAUAGUUCGUCGUUCAAGUCGAGGCUGAUGGUGACGGAGCUGGAUGAAGAGACAAAGAAGCGGGUCUUGAAUAUGCAUUUCACCAUGCCACCGGAGAUUCGUACGGUAGAACUCAUGACGAGUGGCCAGACGGAUGAAGCGCUAUUUGAGAUGCUAUCGGACGUGUUGACCAGGUGUGGCAUGGUUCCUGUGACUGCCAGAAAGGAAUCGACUGGAUUCAUCUUCAAUCGUCUCUGGGCCGCCAUCAAACGAGAGAUUCUGCUCAUCCUAUCCGAAGGAGUCAGCGAGCCGACGGAAAUUGACAUUCUCUGGAAGAACAUGUUUCAAAGCCCGCACAGCCUGCCACCUUGUCGACUGAUGGACCAGAUCGGGUUGGAUACAGUGGCUUUCAUCGAAGAUAAUUAUAUCGACGAACGAGGAUUGGACACGGUCCCCGUUGACUGGCUGCGAUCCCAGUACACCCAAAAGGGUAAACUUGGGCUAAAGAGUGGAGGGGGGCUAUUCAACGAGCCAUUCUCUGGUCAUACUGCCAAUGAUUUGAAAAAGAAUCUGUACAUCCUCGAUGUCGGAUUGGGUGGUAAUGCCUCGACGCCAGUGGGAUCCGGUAGAAUCCUUCGUCUGAACCUGAUGGACAACACUGUUCAUCCCAUCGUGACGGGCCAGAAUCUCCCGGAUGGCAUCGCCAUAUCGCAGUCGACUCGCCGUUUCUUCUGGUCCAACGUGGGUCGCUCGACAGCCACGUACGAUGGCUCCAUCCAUUCCUCCAACCUCGACGGCACUGAUAUCCAAACAGUCCUCCCGACGGGAAGUGUGCACACCCCGAAACAGCUUCUUGUGGAUGAUGACAGCCGUAAGAUCUACUUCUGCGAUCGGGAAGGUAUGAGCAUCCACCGCUGCGGAUUUGAUGGAAGCGACCAUGAAAUCCUUCUCUCACGCGGAAAUCCCCGGGUUGACAAGAAAGAUAUGACGCAGUGGUGUGUCGGGGUCGCUAUUGAUACUGUUCGGGGCCAUAUGUACUGGACUCAGAAGGGACCGAGUAAAGGUGGCCAGGGACGGAUCUUCCGAGCAGGACUGAAUAUCCCCGCUUCACAAACUGGGGAGAACCGAUCUGACAUUGAACUGCUACUAGAGGGUCUUCCAGAACCGAUCGAUUUGGAUCUCGAUGAGAGCAGAGAGGUUCUGUACUGGACAGAUCGAGGAGAACAUCCGAAAGGAUGCUCAUUGAAUCGGCUGAACCUGACGGACAGAAAGAUGGAGACUGUGGCAAGACAGUUUCACGAACCGAUUGGGCUGAAGGUGGAUGGCGAAGAUGUCUAUGUCGCUGAUCUGGGUGGGUGUAUCUAUCGAGUGAGUUUGAAGGGAGAGAAGACCGUGGUGCAUUGCGAUGAUGGAAGCUAUACGGGGAUAUGUAUGGGUUAG